UUUGAGUCGGGUCGGACCGGGUCGGUCCCGCAGACCGUCUGCUGCACGUGGAGGACAGUCGGCACGUGGCCGUGUACCACCGCGGGCGGUUCUUCCGGGUCUGGUUGUACCACGGGGGGGCCCCGCUCCGACCCGCCGACCUGGAGAUGCAGUUUGAGCGGAUCAUCCAGAACCGGGACAAGCCCCAACCGGGAGAGGAGCAGCUGGCGGCGUUAACGGCAGGAGAACGCGCCCCCUGGGCCGAGGUUCGCUCGCGGUUCUUCAGCAGCGGCGCCAACCAGGCGUCGCUGGCGGCCAUUGAACGCGCCGCGUUCUUUGUGACGCUGGACGAGGAGUCGCACGGUUACGAACCGCGGCGCGACGAUUGUCUGGACCGAUACGCAAAGUCACUGCUGCACGGAAACUGCUGCGACCGGUACGGGGACACCGCGACCCACAUAGAGCCCCAUAGCGACCCAUAGCGCCACAUAGCG